GUCAGGUCCCUUCCGACGAUCAUGAGUGUUCCCAAGGCGGUUGUCGUUCCGGCCACCACGCAGCACACGGCCACGGUCAUUUUCGCGCAUGUAAACGGCCAACUCGGACGACGUUGAAAUCGCUCUGACGAUGUACGGAAGGGAUUGGGAGACACGGGAUUCGGAUGGUUAAUAUUGGCAGAGACAUUGAAAGACGCGAUGCCGCAUGUGAAGUGGAUAUUCCCCCAUAGUCCGAGAAGGCCAGUGACGGCAAACGGCGGAAUGCUAAUGCCUGCGUGGUUUGAUAUCAAAUCUUGGUCAAGUGAGGAUGAAGACGAAGCAGGGAUACUUAGAGCCUCCGAGUCCCUCAAGAGUCUCAUCUCGGCCGAAAUUGAAUCCGGAAUACCCUCUGAACGGAUCGUAAUCGGAGGAUUCUCGCAGGGCGGAGUCCUGGCUCUUGUAUCUGGACUCUCGGAGGCUCGCAGACUUGCUGGAAUGCUUAUACUGAGCGCAUUCAUUCCCUUGCGCUUCAGUCUUCGUGAGAGAUUAUCCAUCCACGCCUCCAGCCUGCCCAUAUUCUGGGGCCACGGUGCAGCCGACUCGGUAAUCCCAAUCGAGGCGGCUCGACGAUCUGUCGCGUAUUUGUCGGAGAUCAUGGCUAUUUCUGUCGUUGAGGGCCAAGCCAAGGAUAAAACGCUGCUGUCAUUCAAAGAGUAUACAGGACUGGGUCACUCUCUGAAUGACCAGGAACUCUCAGACGUCGGACAAUGGCUUCGACAACUUGUGUACUGAUUGGUCUAUAUCCGUGCAUCGCCCAGACAUGUGCUUAUCCGCAUUGCAUCAUCCCAGUGUGGCAGAUGGCGAGUUUCCAGGAAAGGCACGGCGCCAGCAAGAGCCGCAGCUCGGCCCCGGAAUCUUUGACAGGAAGCGUGCCAACGGUGCGUGUGUUAUGACCGUGAGACUCGCACACCGGCGUAGGAACGGUCAAACUGUUCGAAGGCUUGUCGAAAAAUACGCGAGGCACCGCGAUUCUUCUGAAGGAAAUGCCAAUAGGCUGACGACAUUCGCUACGAUUUCCCUCAUCACAGGCAGAGAUGCCCUGAAGUCACUCGGCUUGACUGCCAAUCUACUUCUCCAACCCAGGAGGUCCUGACCAUGGCAAACUCGACACGACGAUCAGGGACUCGGUAAUCCAAGACGACUUGGGUCAUGGUUGAGAAAUUGUGAACGCGAUUGUAAGCGGCCACUGAGGACCGGCAGAAUGUCCUUAUUCGAAGGUGUUACAUACCAAUACAAAUGACAAAAUCAGCCCAAGGACGUGGCUCGAGAAGAACGCCGAUGUCGUAGCGAGGGAUGGCCCCCCGUCGAACCAUACUCCCCAUCCAGAUCAAUGCGCCGAAAAUACACAUCCAUGUCCCCAGCAUCGAAUUCCGACGUAGACAGCUCUUCACCUGGCGCAGGCGUUUCCCCCUCUACCUCGGCAGCAUCCGGAGCCCGAGCCUUGCUGGUCCCGCCACCGAUCCGGUACGUUCGGCGUCGUUUACCCUUGCGAGCGACAGCCGUGCCCACCGCCGGGGGUCGUGGCGGGCCGCUGCGGACCGCGUAGUGGGAAAGGGACCUGGUGUAGGGCGAUAAGGUGUGAUUGGAAUGUGCGAGCAUCGAGAGCUCGUGCACGAUGUUGGCGCCCAGGGACUGGGGCUCAGUCAGUUCGUGAUAGAUGGACGUGGAAGAUGGCGGUGUCGACAAGGAAUGAGAAGGAGACGGGGACGUCGAUCGGGACGAACUGGGUGACGGAGCCGAGGCAAAGGCAGCAGAGAAGGGAUUGUACGAGAGUUCGGUUUGUGCAGAGAAGACUGCCGCGGUGGAAUGUGAAGAAACGUUUGGAGGAGACUGCGAAUGGAUGACACGAGGCCGGACAAUUGUACCGCCGCCAACCGCUGGCAUGCGCUCAUACUCCUGCUCAUGGGCCUCCGCAACACUGGGGCUCAUCCCACCCCAGUCGAGCACGUCAUACGUCGUGUCCAAGUCUUCCGAGAGACCCGCCGAUUCGUCGUCGAGUUCCUCCAGAUCAGCGAGGCCCCGUGACGGGGAAAAAAGGCUCUGGAAGCCACGGAAGGCACUUUUCGCCGGGAUUCCUUCCGGACGGAGGCCGUACGUAGGAUCGAACACAUCAGGAUCGAUGAGCAGCGGUGCUGGCGGCGGCGUGGAUGUGCGCCGCGGAAGCGAGGAUCGUGUUGUUCGCCGCGUGAGCUGAGUACGGCUGAUGGAAGGCGAUGGGGUCCGAGGUAGAGGUAACGAGGCAGAGUUUAACAUGUGCACGUUUUGUCGCGUUAGGCUGGGUGGUGCGCUGUGAUGCCCAACGUGCGGCCGGGGAGGCGGAAUCUCCACUUUCGCUUUGACCCAUUGCUGGCUGAGACGGUGGAUGAUACCGGGCAGGUCCUCUCGAAACAUUUGGCGCAGCUGGCCUUCAAUUUCGCGCUGGAUGAAUUUUUGAAUCACAGCGAUAGAAUCAAAGGUGCUAUUGAUGUCCACACUCUGGAGCGGGUCGGUUUUGAAGACGAUGGUGAUGCCCUUUUGCUUCGAGACGACCAGCACAACAUACGAGCUGAGUUUGAAGUGCGAUAGGCGGAGCAGCAUGGGCACCACCAGCGCCUCCUUCGCAGCGAGCAUCCCUCGAGAGCCAGUCAUGAAGUCAAUGUCGGGAUGCUUGUGGUUGAGUGGAUUGGCUUGGACUUUGGUUCGCAGAACCAAAUGCGCAUCUCCGGCGUAGGUGAGCCUAAAUAUUCCACGAAACUGGUCCAUCGUCAAGUCCCCGAUAUCCCGGAUUUCAAGCUCAGGCGGCUGCGGUCCUCUGAGCAAAAAGUAACUCUGCGCGGGUCGAGUGAGCGCACCUGGGUUCCCAUUUCCAACUCCACUACCUCAAUCUUGUCGGCGAUAAUCGGAGGUUUGUUUCCCUUGUUGAGCGCGGUAUUGAGCAUCUGGAUAGCAUCGUAGUGGAACUGGUCUGAGAAUCGUGGCCAGUGGAAGGUAAAGGACAUGACAGGUUCAUCUUCCUCUCGGGGAGGAACUCGCCGGAGAUGUAUUGGAUCGAGCCAGGCAGCCAGGUAACCUUCCGUGCCGAGUCCUGAUGGGGCAACAAAUUGCUUCAACAGUCGUAAACGAAAAAUUUGACAUGACUCCUAUCUCGCGUUUCCCUUUCAUAUCGCAACGGUUCGUAUCAGAUGGCGGGGAAAGGACUCUUGUUGAAAGCGGAUCCCAUCGCGGACACCUUUCGCGAUGAGGUCAAGACUGCUCUCGACAGGACGACGCGUAAACCGCGACUUGUCGGGAUCUUGGCUACGUCCUCGGCGCCCAGCAAGUUCUACGCCGAGUUCACAAAAAAGCAAUGCGAAGAUCUGGGCUUUGAUUUCGUCUUGAAACGGACUGGUGCGGCUUUCUCAGAGGAGGCAGGAGAAGGGGAGGGCGUCGAGGAGGCUAUCAUCGAGGCCAACGAAGAUCCGAACGUCGACGGGAUCAUGGUCUACUACCCCAUCUUUGGACCUCAACAAGUGGUCUCUCCAUACAAGGAUGUUGAGGGGCUUCACUUCAAGUUCCACUAUAACCUGUACCAUAACAUCCGCUUCCUUGAGCCAGAAUCUUUGCUCAAGUCUGGCCUCCCAACUGCCGUUGCUGUAAUCGAGGGCGAGAACCCGCCACCAGGAACUGUCAAAUCGAUUCUUCCCUGCACGCCACUCGCUAUCGUCAAGUGUUUGGAGCACAUCGGCGUGUACAACAAGAUCUUGCCCUACGGCGAUCGAGCCUAUGGCCGCACCGUGACCGUCAUCAACCGUUCAGAAGUGGUUGGACGACCGCUUGCGGCGUUGCUUGCGAAUGACGGCGCUCGCGUGUUCUCGGAAUACACGAAACGCCCGCAAGUGAACGGGCAAUCGGACGCCGCCAGAAAAUACCACCCACACCACGUGGUACAUCCCUCGAAUAACACCCUCCAAGAGUGCCUCGCGAUAUCCGACGUGGUGAUCUCCGCCGUGCCGAGCGCAUCGUACAAAGUCGCAACGGAUUGGCUCAAGGACGGGUGCAUCUGUGUCAACGUCGCUGCGGAUAAGAAUUUCGAGAAAAAUGUCCGCGACAAGGCCUCGAUGUAUAUUCCUGCUGUAGGCAAAGUGACGAUCUUGAUGUUACUGCGCAAUCUAUUGCGAUUGCAACAGUACAAGACCAAUGUGUAGACUGUGAAAAACCCAGUUUGUAUGAACAUCGCCUCCAGUCUUGGCGUAUACUCCAGCUUUGGCUGGUGGCUGAAGUCUAGUACCCAACUUCGAACGCACCAGAGACCUCCCGAUCUCCGAUGCAAUAUCGUUGGGCCCCUGCGACCACGGAUUCUGUCGAACAAGAUCCCACAGUC